AUGAAAUAUCAACGUUUAUUAAUAUCAGAAUAUAAUCAUCAAGGUAUUCGAUUUAAUUAUAGGUUAUGCAUAGAUAAAAAAACAUUUGAAAAUUUUGGAUUUUCACCAAUACGUUCAAAACCAAAUUUAUUUAUAAUGAAUGAAAAACGAUUUAAUCGAAUAUUAAAUUUACUUAAUGCUCCACAAAAUCAUUUACAAUCUAUCAAAGCUUAUCAGACACAAACUCAAUUGAAACUUGAUCUGCCUCUUAUCUCACUUGAUAAUAUCGAAUCUCAUAUAAAAAAUAUUGAUACAAAAAUGAUAAAAUUAAAUACAUGUUCUACAUUAAUUGCUAAUGGUCAUGGAAUAUCGAAGAUUAUAUCUUCAUCAAUUAAAAAUGAUAGAAAACAAUUGAAUCAUCGUAAAAUCUAUGAAGAUAUAAGUCUAUCAAAAUCAUAUCAAAAUACACCUAAUCGAUCUUUAUUUCGACGAUCAAAUAAUGCAAAAUUAUUUGUAUAA